AUGGGAUUUCUUGGAAUGCAAAAUGGAUAUGGUUAUCAUUCAUUUUUUGAAAAUGAAUAUAUUUUUGUGACACAUAUGGCAUUACUAAUUGUUUCUAUUCAAUCUGGUUACAAUACCAAAUCUCUUGCAACAAGAAUUAUAGCAAAGUUGCCUAGCAAAGUCAAAACUAUAUAUAAUUGA